AUGAAGUUUGAUGGAGUCUGCCUAGCUUGUGCAAGCAUCACUUGCGUCCAAGCUUCAAAAUCUGCUUACUCCCCCCCCCUCUCGUGAGCGAACAAAACCAUUAGAAAAAUCGCCAUUUUUUGACCAAAAACCCACCCUCCGUGAGUGAACAAAAAUUUUUUUAAAUAGAAAAAAUUUUAAUGGAAAAAAAUUUUGAUAUAUAAGUGAUAAUUAGUAUAAUGAAAUCUAGAGCUAAUUCUGUUUAAUUUUAAACAAAUUGCGUUUUAAAAACAUAAAUUUUGCAAAUUAAAUUAAUAUUUGCUUCCCAAUUUUUGCAAAUUAGGAUUUUUUUAAAUUUCGAAAAAAAUAUUUUUUAUAAAAUUUAUAUAUAAAUUUUUUUUAAAAAAAAAAAUUAAACCCCCCUCCGUGAGCGAAACAAAAUUUUUUUUGUUCGCUCACGGAGGGGGGGGGGAGUUACAUCCUUUCUUUAUCGUAUUUACAGUAUCUGAACUCUUCAAGCCAUCACAAUAAGUUAUUUUACCACUUUCUAGUUUUUGGAUGAUCUAAAGGCAUAAUAUUUUUAUUCGCAAGCCCUUGCAAAGAUUUUCCUUCCUCAGCUGCAUAG